UAAAAUAAUAAAAAAUACUGUCCUAAAAUUGAAAUUAGAAAUCCUAAAAUUAAAAUUGCAAAUGUAUGAAAAGAAUGUGGAGAAAAUAAUUAUUUUUCUUUGUUUCUAUCACCGAUCUACGUGUACAUGACAUGACUACUAGUCAGCAAAGUUGGAUAGGAUGACGAAUUGAAAACUUAUACAUUACUCUAUUUGGAAAUUGUUUAAUCAAUAUUUAUAAAGUCUUUUGAUAAUAUAAAUCGCGUGAAUAAAUCCACGUGCUGUCCUCUAUUUUUGUUAUUAUCUUCUAGUUUUUGCACUCAAACGUAUUAUAAUUGUUCAUGAUACUUCAUUGAAUAAAGUGAUUAUUGAAUAAAAAUGUAAUUUAUCGCUUAUAUAUCUACAAUUAUCAAAGAGUGAUAACUAUGUUUUUCUCUAUCUUUAUUAAUUACCGUUGGUUUAGUGAAAGAAAAUUAUAAACCAAUAUUGUUAAAUUUGUUGAAAGUGUUAGAAUUAAAUAAUGUAUAUUUUAGGACAUUUGUGAUAUAAUAUGUAAUAUAUUUAAACUAGUCGAUAAUACGUUCUUCUACGAUUGAUCGAUGUACAUAAUCUUAAAAAUCGAUGGCAACGAAAAUCAAAAUGGAUCACAUUCAAGGUGACAUCGAUCUACAAAUCGAUAAUCCAUCGAAAAACGCGGCAAACUUAAUUGAAUGGAAUGUUGACAUGAAAGUAACCGUAUCUAAGGUAAAGAAGUCAAAGAUGUUCCAAAGAUUUUGCAGUAUCGUUCUUUUCUUAUUAGCGAUUAUUUUCGCUGUUAUGUUGUCCCAUUUGAGGAAGGAAGUGCGUGCCUUGCAAAUACAAGUGCAAUCUUUAAACAUAAAUUUAUUAUUAUUAACAUCCAAGUAUGAUAGGCUAAAUCGAAGUUUAAAUCAAGUUUGGAUUCAAAGAUCUGAAAGAUUCCUUGAAAAUAAAAAGUUGAAUGAUGUAAAAAGUUUAUUAGAAGGAGCAUCCUCGAUAUCUAAAACCGAAAUUUUUGAUGGAAUUCGUAAUAACAGAAAUUUAUACACUUACAAUACCAUAAUUCCAUAUUUAAAUUCACUCAAAAAUUUCAAAAGGCAGCAUAUGUUAUACAAUAAGAUUUAUGAUAUGAAUAAUACCACAAUUCUUAAAUUAUUUAUGAAGCUAGAAAAUAAUAAAAAUAAUGCGAGUGAUACUAAUUUACGUAUUGAAAGAGCAACACUAACAACAGAAAAUCAGAAUUUGAUAAAAAAAAUAUCGAAUCGUGUGAAAAGAAAUCACGAUAAUAUAAAUGACGGUGAUGAAUUAAAUGUAUGGAAAGAAUCACGUUCGGGAAGAUCGAGAAGAGAGGAGAGAAGAGGUAAAAAACGGGGAAAGAACAAAAGGCGGCCCAAGCGCAGUCACAGGCGAUUGGGACCUUUGGUGGCAACAUUUGUUGGAGCAAUACCUGAACAACAUAUUACAGAUACAGUUUAUAUUGGCCCAUGGAUUAAAAGUACUAAAAACAAUACUCAAUAUAAUUUAAAUAAAUUCCAUUUAGUGGAAGAUAAAAAAUCUAUCGAAGUUACAGCGACUGGUUUGUACAUGAUUUCCGCUCAGAUUUUUUAUUUUGGCGAGCCAACAAACUAUUCAUAUUGGAUAUUAUUAAAUUCCGAAGGUAAAUCCACUACGCAAAAACUUGUGAAAUGUUCUACAGCAUCUUCUACAUCAGCUACAGAAGUAUCUUGUUAUACAAGUGUAAUAACUCCAUUACAAAGAGGUGAUAGAGUCCAUAUUCAACAACAAGAAAGAGAUAGAUUAAUAAAUAUGCGCGAAGGACACAGUUAUAUACAAUUGGUACUUUUAUCUAAUACUAUUUGUAAAAAACGUUUAUGGUGAAGAUGUAAAUUACACACAAAUAUCGAAAAUUGUGCCAUGAAUAUGAAAUGAAAAAUGAAAUUUAUUUCUUUAAAUGUGAUUUCUGCAUUUCUAAAGCAAAAUUUUAAGAUUAUUUUUAAAUAAAACAAUAAAAAUUAAGAAAUUUAUUAGCUUUUACACAUUAAAUUUUUCAUUUUAAAAAUAUAUAUAAAAAUAACUUUAUUAUGUAUAAAAUACGAAUAUUUUUUUUAAAUAAUUUGUUUUAUAUCUUUUUAUAAUUAAGAUUUUAUAUAAAGUUGUAUUUAAAAAAUACAUAAUGAGAAUUAUGAAAAAAUAAUAUUAGAAUUUAUUUUUCAUAAUAAUAGUUUAUUUUUUUAAAAAAAAAUUAAUCAAAUAUAUAUAUUAACAAUACUUUUGAAUAUUUACUUUCUUAUUCAUUAGAAAUGAAAAAAAUUAAAAAUGUGAUGUUACAUUUUAAGACUAACAUUAUAUAUUAAAACUUUAUAUUGAAAAAUAUUUUUAUUGUUAAAAAAUAUUAUUAAGAUAAUUUUAAAUAAUAUGCAAUAUUAUUAAAUAAUGAUUUUUAGAAAUUUUAAGAAUAAAGAUUUCACUGAUAAUUGAUGAGUUUUUUUAUAUUUUGUUUUUUUCUGACAAAUAAAAUAUAAAUAAAUAAUUUAUUAAAAAUAUAAUGUAUAUAAAAAAUUAAAACUUAUUUAUUACAUUCAUACAAAUUAUAAGUUUUUAUUUGUAAAAGAAAAAUAUUCUUUUAUCAUAAAUAUAUCAUAAUCAAUUAUUAAAUUCAUACAAAUUUUAAAAAGUCAGUUUUUCAAUAACAUGUGAAAAUACGAUAUUUUAUAUCUUUUUACAAUACUCGCCAUUGAAAAAUAAAAAUACACUUGAAUCUUCUUAGGAACAACGUCGAUGCCAGUCAUGUGGCAGAUGUUUCUUGGCUCAUGAAUUGGUAGUACCAUCUGUGACAGCAUAGUCAUUAUCAACCUAAAGAAAUUAAUAAUAAAAAAUUA